CAUCUAUCGCGUUAUCUCUCCACACUCUCUCUCUCUGCUCCGCCGCUGUCUCUUCGCUUCCCCACCACUCGGCCAUGGCGGUCUCCCUCAGCUCUCUGUCUUCCAUCCUCGCCCGCGAGUCGGCGUCGCUGGCCGGCGGCGCCGCCGCCACCUCCGCCCUGCCCUCCUCCUCCUCGUCCAGGCUCGCCCUGCCGUCGCGGCGCGCCGCCGCCCUCGCGGCCACCGUCCGGGCCGUGUCCUCGCCCUCCUCCAGCCCGGCGGCGGGGAAGCGCGAGCCGCGCGGCAUCAUGAAGCCGCGCCCCGUCUCGCCGGAGAUGCAGGCCGUGGUCGGGGCCCCCGAGAUUCCCCGCACCCAGGCGCUCAAGCAGAUUUGGGCCUACAUCAAGGAGAACAAUCUUCAGGACCCUGAGAACAAGAAGAUCAUAAUAUGUGAUGAGAAGCUGAAGAAAAUAUUUGGCGGGAAAGACCGAGUUGGGUUUCUCGAGAUUGCGGGAUUGAUCAGUCCUCAUUUCCUCUGAUGGAAUUAAAUGCCCAAUAGGUGAAGUAGUCCAAUAAAACAAUUGUGGUUAUACUCGAUUCAUGUGGGUAGGUUAACUCAGGUGCGGAAGGAUUUGACUGGCUUCAUGCUUUACAAUGCUGAUGCUCCUCUCUACACGACCCAUGAUUUGGCACAUUACCCCUUGGAGAUCUUGUAAUAUCUCUCAUGUAGUUACAAACGAAACAUUCGACUAUGUAUAGAAUAGGCGAGAUUUCUUAGUCACACAGCUCCAUUACCAUUAAUUGUGAAAUCGUCGACUGCUCCGGGGACUUCGUAUGUUUUGAAUGUGAUUAUACUCAAUGAUCUGCUCGUG